AUGAACGCACUAGUGUCUGUCCUUUACCUUGGUCUCAUAGGCCUUGCUACUUCCCUUCCUCCGUCACUCGUUGCAAGGCAGAAUGAUGGCCCGUCUUCCAUCUCUUGCCUCUCGCUCCGAAACAGCUGUAACGCAACCACGGUUGAUGUCAACAACUUUUACAACUACACGUCAUGUUUCCUCCUAACUGCAUGUUUGGAUGGCGUUGCAAAUCCUGCGCAAGUCCUCGUUGAAAACCAAGCGCCUGCGACCCAACCCCGACUGACUGAAUAUGCUUUCUCCGCCAUGUCCAAUGGGAAUUCGUACAUGACACAACAAAACUACAUCGAUGCAUAUUAUAACGAGAUUUCCGUUACUCCCGGCGGCACCUACCCUGAUGAUGUCUCUUUCAUCAUUGAUCAAUGGGUGACUAUCGCUGCCUGGACCGGUUUCUGCGACACUGAAAACAUUCCUUACGAAAAUCUUGCUGACUGGCUUGAGUAUUCAUCUGUCCCUGGAGUGUGCCCCGCUGUCAUGUCGUGCAACUCUACUAUAGCAGCGUCAAUUAUUCCAUGUGUCCCUCAACCGCUAACGGACAAUGGUUCAUGCGCCGAAAUGGUUUCCCAAUGUCAGUUUUGGGUAACCCAGGGCCUCUUCCAAAAUGAAUAUUGCGUUCUCGCGAGUUUCUGCUAUGCCUGGAGCAACACUGAUGUCCUGCUGCUGAAUGAAUAUCCCUCCUAUGUGUCCCCAAUCCCUACGUCUAUCCAAGAGGAGAGGCUUUCCGAAGCAGUGUUCUAUAAUAUGACGGGUGGUGCAGCAUUGAUGACUCAACAGAACGCAAUUGAUGCAUACUACUCUGGUUUGACAGGCACAUGGAUGUUUUACGGUGGACCUUUUGGCGCAGAGACGGCCGCGAAAACCAACAAUGAUGGGCCUUAUCCUACCUCCGUAGACUAUGUCAUCGAGUUCUGGGGUAUCAUCAGCGCAUGGACUGGGUUCUGCGAUACACUCGCUAUUCCGUAUGCCAACCUUGCGGAUUAUCUCUCCUAUGCCGCCUCCAGUGGUUAUCAUCCAACUUGUUAG